AUGGAGAAUAGUCCAGCCGAGGGGAAUGCACAUAUCGAGGAACACGAUCUCAUAGAUCCUGUCUCUAGGCGGCACUUGUUCGCACUCAGUGCAGUGUCUGAAUGUCCUUCAAAGUACUGUAGUUUACGAUACUUCGAUAUCGAAAUAUCGUUCCUGAUUUUAGCUGUCGCAACGUUUUCGGCAUUUAAUAAGAAGGAACUUCGGAUGCAUAAGGUCCCGGAUCCGGACGCAGCCGCUCCGGCGACGUUGCUGAUUAUUUGCAGUUCCAUGCCGCUCGCCGUGACUACAAGGAUUCCCAUGCCCAAGCCCUGA